AUGGCACUCUUCCUCUGGAUUCUGACCAGUCUCGUCCGCUGGGUGCGGUUGAAGAUCUACCAGUAUGAGGUGACUUUCGCUAUCUACAUGCUCACCCCAACGGAAAAAUUCAUCUUCAACUCCCUGCUCCUCACCCUCAUCACCAUGAUCGCGACUGGAAUCUACAUUUACCUCCCAGACCACCUCCGCUCCAUCUACGCACACAUGUACUACUACGCCGUCGGCGAGCGCCCCUUCAUCUCCUCUCGUCUAUCCUCCAUGAGCUCCGUGUUCGGCGAAAGCGCCACACAAUCACUGGAGGUAGUCUACGAGACAGCCAAAAACACAGCCGCGAAAACAACGCAGCGACUCGCCGAGCUUUAA